AUGACGGGUUGUGCGGCAGCUCGGAUUCUUAGCAACGGUCAGAGCAACUUAACGCCUCCCAGCGCAACAAGUCUACGACAAAAAUUCAUGCAAAAUGCAGUCUUCUCAGAGCAUAAUCCCGCGGCAGCAUCAGCUUCAUCGUCUUCAGUCUUCGGCAACGGCGACACCGCUCAGCCGGAUUCCGGGUAUUCCGGAUCUACUGAUAGCGGUAGCGUCAUCAUGCAAAGUGAAUCGAUCCAGAACCAGACAGUGUUGCUGUCACAGUGCAGUUCAUCGGCUUUCGUACGGCAGACCAGUAAUUACCCAGCAUCGAUCUAUCUCUCAGAUGGAGAAAACACUCAUUUUGAUAAGGUAGGCUGUUCGUUCCAUUUUUUCAUACGUUUCGCCACUUGGAAGCAGACUCAUUAUCGGGCCUACACUUGGGACGGGGAGGCCUAG